CGCGUCCCGCCGCCGCCCUCCCGAAGCCGGUGAGGGGCUGCAGGCCGCACGCCGAGCCCUGAGGGCCCCCGGGCCCGUCGGCCAGUGCAGAGCCAUGGAGGUCCCUGCGGAGCAGUCGGAAAAGGAGUCCUCUGCCUUGCCCGCUGCCGCAGCUCUUCCCAGCGAGUCACAACCAACACCAGCAACACUAGUACAAAUCACAGUACUGAAGGCGCAGGAUCUGAAAACUAUCAAAAGCGACGUGUCGAUUACUUUGGUGCGUGCGGAGUACAACGGAGUGAUCUUGGGAGACUCCUCCAAGACUGAUGUUUUGCCAAAUGGGACAGCAAACUAUAAUUUCACGACCAGCUUUGUGUGCAGCCCCAGUGGGCCCAACUCUUUGGAUGACGUUGCACAAAAACCUGUGCUCUUGACAGUGAUAGAAGUGUCGCAAAAGGAGAAGAGGCAGAAGGAGAAGGCUGUGCCUCUUGGCCAAGCUGUGGUGGACCUUCUACCUCUGCUGCAAGGACAGUGUUCAUUUAAGGUCUCGGCUCCUUUGUAUGCAGUGCCUACCUCUCCAUUAGAGAGCCUUCACCCGGAGGCCAAGGGUGGCCUUGAAGUGAUGGUGUGCACCAAAGAGCCCCUGCUUUCUGCAACACAGCUUUCAAAUGGUAACCUCCUGAGCGUCACGCUGGAGGGAGCUUAUUCUGUCCCUGAAGCAUUUGCUCCCACCGGACCCCUGCAAAACUACAUGGCUUGCUUGCAAGUACCAGCAGCUGGGGAGAAGGAAUUCCCCUUGCUCUUCAAGAACGGCAUCCUGAAGCUUGCUGGUGAAAAAGAGCCGUUACCCCGGCCCAAAAAAUGGCCCCUUGCUAACAUCAUGGCCCCUGGCGCUCUGAGCAUACCCAACUCCUUCAUCGUUGGUGGUCCCUAUGAGGAUGAGGAUGGAGAGCUCAACAAAAGAGAGGACAGAGAGUUUAGGAUCCAAGCAGAAAGCAUGAAGAGAAUCAUAUGGGACAUGGAAAGGCGCUGUUACCUGGAUUCCGCUGCAGUUGUCACCCUGCAGAAACGCAUUGCAGAGUGCUGGUACUGGCCCGUGGAGGUCUGCAGGAUGUCUGUGGCCUCAUCCAGCAAAGGGAAAACUAGCAAAGCCGACAAGGGAGAUGAGGACAAGCAGAUUUUCUUCCAUGGAGUGGCAUAUGUCAACAUGGUGCCUUUGCUGUGCCCCGGUGUGAAGCAGAUCCGAGGCGCUUUUCGUGUCUUUCCCUACCAAGACAGCGAGGUGUUCGAGAAGACCAAAAGUCAGCACAGUGUUUUCCGGGAUCUCAGGAGGCAGUUCAGUCUGACUAAGGAAGGGUUGUGGACCCCGGAAAUCAGUACUUCCCUUUCCAGAGCUGUUCCCAACAAGACUCAGAAGGAAGACAAAGAGAAAAUCACCAAAGACAAGGAUUCCAACAGAAGGAUGUCCAACGUGCCCAAAACCCAGUUGUCAGAUGCCACUGGGGAAGCUGAAAGUGUCACAUAUUGCCUUGAUGGACAGCAAUACAUUGAAGCAGGAACGUUCCUGGUGAUGGAGAUAAAGCUGGACAAGGCCUUGGUGCCAAAGCGAUUGCGAGAGGAGCUCACCAGACGGGUCAAGCAGAUGAUUCCUCCUCGCCCUCCGCUGCCUCCCCGGACUGCAGGAGCCAAGAAGGCCGUGGAAGAUUAUCACAACCAUGUCACAAGCAUUGCCGUUGCCAUCCUAAGUGAAUACCACGACCUCUUUGGGAAGCGGCUACCUGACCAGGGAGCGAUAGACCAUCAAACCCUGGAGGAACAGAAGCGUCAGCUCAACUUCGAGCUCAAUAGCUCUGGGAAAUAUUUUGCUUUUAAGGAACAGCUAAAGUAUGCUGUAGUGAAGAUUGUGAGGGAGAAAUACCUGAAGACAACUGCAUUUGAGACCCAGGAGCAGUUCCAGGCAUUUCUCAGCGAGCUCUACGUGUACCUCGUGGACCAGAUGCAUGUUGCCCUGAACCAGCUACUCUCCGAGGAAGCUGCUUCUCCUGCCCCUGUGUCCCACACAACCGAGGAGCAGCUCCAGCUCUUUGCUCGUGAAGCUGAAUUCAGCAAGGACUACAAGCUGGCAUCGCUCUACCACCAGCAGAGGUUAGCUCAGGACCAGUGCAACAUCCAGUACUGGCUAGACUAUGGGGCGUUCUGCCUGCUGCUUGAGGAAACAACCAAAGCCCAGGAGUGCUUCCAGCAGGCUCUUUCUCUGGACCCUCAUCACAUCCAGAGCUUGCUGCUCUGUGGGAUUGUGGCCGUCAUGCUGCAGCACUACGAAGAGGCAGAGAUUUUCUUUGAGGAUGCCUGCUGCUUGGAGCCAUCCAGCAUUGUAGCCUGGACGCUUUCAGGUUUGUUUUAUGAGCUGCAGAAUAAUAAUAUUCAGGCAGAAAUGGCCUUCCGUGAGGCAAAGAAGCUACUGCAAGCACAGCUGGCCAAGGAGAGGAGCAUCCCUGAGGCUGCUGAGGGAGAAGGAGGGGAAAAACACGUUUCUGCUGGGUGCGUGAGGUCUCCCAGCCCAGGCCCAGAAGAGUGCUUGCGAGAGGGGCUUCCAGAUGGCUCAGCCGAAAGGGUGCCAGAGGUGGUGGAGCCUGCCCUGUCCCGCAAGCUGCCCGAGGAAGAGGCUACUGCACCGGAGACAGCCCCGAAAGUGCCAUCCCCUGUUUCAGGACUUAGCCAACCUCCCUGCACAGUCUUCAUGAAGGCGGUGGAAUUCCUGAUGAAAGUCAAUGCCAUCCAGUUUGUUCACAGGGCACUUGCCCACGAGCUGCUGAGCCUUCAGGGAGGUCCCUCCUGUGCAUACUACCUGGCGCUGGCCCAAACUUACUUGCUGAAGGAAGAUCUCUCCAAAUGCGAAGAAUGUCUCUGCGAGGCCGUUAGGAUCGACUACAUGAAUCCAAACGUCUGGGCUCAGAAGGGACACCUGUGCUACCUGAAGAGGGACUUUGGUGAGGCAAAGGAGUGCUACGAGCGAACCAUCAGUUUUGUGGAGGAUGCUGCAGAUAUGCACUUUGUCUACCUGCGCCUGGGCUCCAUCUACCUGGAAGAGAAAGAGUACGGCCGGGCGAAGCACACCUACCUGCUCGCCUGCAAGAACUCCGCGUCCUGUCUCACCUGGCUGGGGGUGGGAAUCGCCUGCUACAGGCUGGAAGAGUUGGUGGAGGCAGAGGAUGCUCUCUCUGAAGCCAAUGCCCUAAACAACACCAAUGCCGAAGUGUGGGGGUAUCUCAGCCUCAUCUGCCUGCAGGGAGGACGGCAGCUGGAGGCAGAGCAGUGCUACAAAUACGCGGUGAAGCUGGCCCUGAGGAACGACGCGUUGCUGCGGGAGAUCCGUGCUGCCCAGCAGCGGUUCGGCUUUGGCAACCCGGCCUUCUGAGCCCCGGCGCCCUCCGGGGAGGCCGCUCCGCCGCUCCCGGUGUCGUGUCCCCCCGUUCCACAUAAACUCCCCGCGCCCCGAGGGCUCGUUUC